UCCAACUGACAACCAGUGUAUCAACAUGGUCGAGGACAGUGUUAAAACUACGAUUAAAAAUGAUAUUAAAACUACUUUUCUCAUUGCAAACUGUUUUAAUGCGCUUGUAGCCGGUCUAUUUCCUAUAUCAUUGGGUGCAAGCUUGUUUUUGAUCGGCGAACCAUAUCAAUCCCCAGCGUACUGCGCUAUGGCGGUCGGUGUGCCUUUAGGGGGCCUCAGCGCGUUUGGCUUCUACGCAUCUUUCAAAGAGAAUAGGAAUAUGCUGACAAUUUACUCAGUGCUCAUGGGGCUAGUAGCGGCGGCAGAGACGCUGGUCGUGGCAGCACAGAUGCUACCCGAUGUUUACGUCGACAAUGUGAUCUAUGUCCACUUCUGCAUCUUCCACAUUGGAAUCGCGCUAUCAGUGCUGGCGUCAGCAUUGUGUCUGGCGAAGCAAAUUCCCUCCGAUACUUUCAAAACGUCCUCUCAGAGCUCCUGCAAGUGGCUUGGCUACGGAUUGCUUAUCGUGCUGCUUCUUGGGUAUUUCGUUAAAUUCGUUUGAUUAAUUGCAUAACUUUGUAUACCUAGUCUAAAGCCUGUGUGCGUGCUCAUUUUGGGCGUUCGGGGCGGGCGAACGUGCGUACAAACUAUGUAGCGUGGAUUCAGGACACUUGUAUUAUAUGAGCUUCAAUUGUUUUGAUAUGCACGUCGCACGUGUCGCCCUGCUGCACGCUCAAUAUGAGGUCUUAUACUUACUACCUACUAAAUCACAAAAAUAAAUUAAUAUGAAAUGCAA